UGUUCUCACUUUCCGAAAUAUCAACACUUACACUGCAAAUGCUGAAAGCACACAUAAAGCCUGAGUCGGGAAAUGCUGAAACACCAGAGCUUAUAAAUUCAGAUAUCAAGCAGCCGGUGGCGUUAGACCCGAGAGGUAAGUCGACUACCCCGAGAUCAGAAACUCCUAAACCUGAAUACUUAAAGGCUUCACCUCCGACUUCGAAUAAACGACAAAAGAUUCAAGACAUAGAAGAUGACAUAGCACCGGCCGAUCCAGUGCACGAAAUUGUUGGUGGCUCCACGGUAAGACGAUACUUGAACAAAAAUGUGACGGUUCAUCUACUUGAUGGUUUACGUGAACUAGCUAAUACUUCACCCGAAGACCCAUUAAAGUUCUUGGGCCAAUUUCUCAUUGACCGAUCAGAGUCGCUCAAAGAGGCGAACAACGGGUCUACAUAAGACGAUAUCCUGAUCUAACCCAAGUAUGCUGUAUAUUAUCGUGUAUAGAAGUCCAAGCGGUAUAUAUUUCUCAACGCGACUACAAACAAAUUCUAUUUUGAUCACUAAUUAAUGUCUGGCGAUACAGAUUUAAGACCGUAUUACAACCCAGACACCUUCGAUGCUGGGUACCUGGUGAUCUACAAGCCGGGAGUGGGACUUGUGGAUCCACAUACGGGUGCUUCGGUCACCAGUUCAAUCCAUCCCAUCCUCAACAACUCCUCUACCGGCAGAUACAACCCAGGUGCUAAUAUCGGAUUGAGAGGAAUGGCUGCCAUGUCUAAAGACAGUCAAGAAAAGGACUAUUUCAACGACCUUGAGUUUCUGGAAUACUUUGACUUGAACAACUUAGGGGCCCUUUUGCGGAACUUGUUUUGGAACUUUUUAAAGAACUACGUAAAGGUGAUUGUGCUACAACCCUUGGAGAUAACCAGAUUGGUAUUACAAGUGGGUACGUUUGAUUUCCAGAAAAAACCUGUUCAGACUGCUAAACAACCACUUCCCCGGUUGAUGGACGAGUCUAGUGAGUUAACUCCACAAGUAUCUCAACAGUUUUCAGAUGACGAUUCGGAUUUCGAAGUCAACUACUUCCAACUGUUGGAGAAAUCCAAAUCGUCUCUCACACCAGAGGUGGGUUCUCCCCGUAAAUCACGGGCCAAAUCGCCUUCCAAGUCGAAGAAAUUAUCAAAGAAGAAGCAUAAAAUCCAACCGGUCUCGAAGCAUACAGUAGACAUCAUUGCAGCAAUUGUGUCCAAAGACGGACCAAACGCCCUAUUCAGAGGUUUAAAUGCUCAAUUCAUACACCAAAGUUUGUCUCACACAAUCGAGGCAUGGAUUACUGGGUUUUUGUCACCAUUUCUCGGUAUUCCAGACCCAUUUUUCUUGGACUUGACCCAUCUGACAGAACCAUUGCGGUCACUUUGUUUGUCGGUACUGGCAUGUGUUUUAACAGGGAUUAUAUUGAUUCCAUUGGACUUGGUUAAAGUGAGGCUCAUGAUCACUCAGUUCAACAAACCAUAUAAUAAGGAUGCAGAUGCAGACCUAGAAAUGGGUGAGCAGUUGCACACUCCACAGAGCACGAGAUCCAUCAGAGAGUCUUUGAGAAACUAUCCAGUUGAGUUAUUGGUUCGUCCUCCGAUGUCUAUAUCGUUUUUGACAGUAUUGCACCAGUUUGCAACCAGUAUCUUCCGUAAGUCUGCUCCAUACUUACUUUUCAUCCGAUUCAACAUUGAUCAGUAUCUGUCGCCGUCAUGGUAUACCAUCUUCAACUUACUAUUGUCGAUUAUGGAAUUUUUCAUCAAGUUGCCAGUUGAAAACUUACUUAGAAAACAACAGGUACUGUUUUUGUUACAGCCCAAAUCUCUCAAACUCGAUCCGAUGAGAGUCGUAACGAUAGACAACCCCGACAGAGACCUCAUUGUUGAUUUCAAUCAUGAGUGGAAACAUACAGACAUUAAAGACAAUAAGUUUAAGUCUACCUGGAGAUCAUUGGUAAACCUUGGCUUAUUCAACGGUUGGAGAGUCGGUGUGCUUAAUAUCAUUGGAUUCUGGGGCUAUAAGAUUGUUCAAAGCGGAGCGUCGAUUCAAGAAGAGAAAUUAUGAUCAUGUUAAUAUGUAUAUAGUCUUUGUGUAUGUGAUUUACUGCCCUACGCGA